AAUGUCGCCUAUAGAGUUGCCACCGAAUGUGUCACUUUUUUUCGAUAUUCCUCAUGGCUACUAGAACUGUAAAAUUUUGAAAUUUAAAAUUUUAAAUGCUACUUCUAAACCAGAUCGACUCCCCAUCAACUGUUCAAGCACAACAGAGACGGUUGCCAUGUCGAAGAAAGACAAAGGUGCGACCGGUGCUGAGACGAACACCUCCGAUACAUGGGUAUCGGUGGGCUCUAAGACCGUUGUCUUUCCACAGUCCGAGAGGUCUCCGACAGGUGACAGGGGUGCAGGUGGCGAGAGGAGCGGGCUAAGCAACAGCUACCGUGGCAUUGGCGACCUGGAGCAUGCAGUGGGGAAGCACCGAAAGCUGCUGAGCGACCCGCGCUUCCGGAUCCGACCGCUGCAGCAGGUGCUCUCCGCCUGUGCGGGUGCCAUGAUCACGGCGUGCUUCAUGACUCCCCUGGAUGUCAUCAAGACACGUAUGCAAUUGCAGCACUCGUCGUCGAACAAGUGCUUCUUCUACUCCAACGGCCUCAUGGAUCACCUGUUCCCCUGUGGCUCUGACGGUGCGCCCAACAUACUGCGCAGGCGACAAAAGCCGCAGUUCACCAGCACCCGGGACGCCCUGAUAAAGAUAAGCCGCCAUGAGGGCAUCUGGACGCUCUGGUCUGGCCUGGGGCCUACCUUGGUCUCCGCUCUACCCUCCACCAUUAUUUACUUUGUGGCCUACGAGCAGUUCAAGGCCAAGUACGUCAAGUUGUACCAGAAACACUUCAAAAAAAAGUCCCAGAGUGGCUCCUCCCUCGCCGUUAAGGACGAAGCACUACCAGCGGUAGUGCCCAUGAUGUCGGGAGUGACAGCCCGAGUCUCCGCAGUCACAGUAGUCAGCCCCAUAGAACUGGUCCGGACCAAGAUGCAGGCCCAGCGACAGUCCUACGCACAGAUGCUGCAGUUCGUUCGGAACGUAAUCGCACUGCAGGGCAUCUGGGGAUUGUGGCGUGGGCUGCGGCCCACCAUACUGAGAGACGUACCCUUCUCUGGAAUCUACUGGCCCAUUUACGAGUACCUGAAACGGAACCUCGGCGGCAGCAGCUCCCAGCCUUCGUUUGGCUUAAGUUUUGUGGCUGGGGUACUGGCGGGAUCUGUAGCAGCCAUUGUGACCACACCCUUCGACGUGGUAAAGACCCUCGAGCAGAUCGAGUUUGGCGAGAGGGUUAUUUUUACAGACUCCCCGGCCAAGGAUGUUGGCCGGAGAUCCACGUUCAGGCGACUGGCGACCGUCUACAAGAUGCACGGAGUGCGUGGACUCUUCGCUGGCAUCGGACCCAGGCUGCUCAAGGUGGCGCCAGCCUGCGCCAUCAUGAUCUCCACCUUCGAGUACAGCAAGUGCUUUUUCUUCUACUACAAUGUGAAGCGGCACAACGAGGCCCUGUUGCUGAGCAACCCUAACGCCACCUUGGUCAAGGAGGACGACAUCGAGUAGGUGGAGUAGUGGAGUGGUGGGUCCUAUGGCGCUUGGAAGCACGGGUGCCUGGGUGUGCAGUGAAGUUGAUUCUCUUUUGUAAAUAAAGAACGCAUAUUUUAUGUA